AUACACAUACACAUACACAUACACCUACACUACAAUAUCAUCAUCGACAUACUUACUAUAGCCCCCCAAUCCAUGGCCACCACCGAGCAUCAUUACGCCCACCACGCCCGCCUGCCCACCACCGACGACAAACCCUACUUCCCCCAUCCCGCGCCCCCAGAAACCCCAAGUCCUCCCCAGCCGCCAUCCCCAACCAUGCCCUCCGCCACGACCACCACGCUCCUCACCACCUUCCUCGUCCCCCUCGCCGUAGCCGCCGCCCUCUACCUCCUCCUCGCCUUCGCCCUAAUCCCUCUCUACCAACGGCACCACGCGCGCUACGCCUCCUACCUCCCCCUAACGGCCCUCUCAACCUCGACCUCCACAUACCGCACACGCAUCCAGGCCAGCAUCGCAGAGUACAUGUUGCCGGUGGGUUGGCGGACGGGUUUCGAUUCGCAGGAGUACCCGGCGGAUUCGCGGUCGGGAAGCGAGGCGGGGGAUGAGGCGGGGGAGGAGCUGUAUGAGUUUGUGGCGGGGAGGAGGGUGGGGGUUAGUUUGGAUGCGAGGAGGGGGGGGGCGAGGAGAUCCGUAAGCCCCUCCUCCUCCCCCAGCCAAUUCACCGAGCUCACCCGAACGACGCAGUUUUCCUCAUCCACCACCCGCAAUGCGCGGCUCCCCGCCGCGCCAUUCGGUGCAUUGUCGUCCAAGGCACUGGCUACGAGACCGCGAUUCGUGCAAUCUCCGUCCGUUCCUUCCUCGGAAUGGCGCAGAUGUCCUCUAGUCAAGGAGGUGGAUCUCAAAAAUGCGAGCCCCUACCGCGCCGACAUUGUGACCGUGCAGCAGAUGAAACAGCGCCAGGAGGCGCCGACGAUGAGAGGCAUCUUCGCCGCGUUGAAUGAUACGGUUGAGGGCGCGAAGAAGUCGGCUAGGGAGGUCGUGAAGACUGCGAGGGAGAUGGCGGGGCAGCAGGAGGCGCUGGGGAAGAGGACGAAGGCCCAGUUGGCGAAGGUGAAGGAGUAUGAGAAGAAGAGGAGAGCGGAGGAGGCGGCGAAGGAGAGGCAGUUUAGGGAGUGGAGGAAGGCGCAGAAGGAGGUGGAGAGGGGGAGUAAGGGGUUGCCACCCCUGAUGGGUUGGUAG